AUGACGGUGACUUUUCCUUUUCUUGUGUUGGAAAAAAAACACACUUCUGCUAAUUUUCCAGAUAGUCCUGUCGGGAUCAUCUCCAGUCUAGAAGACGCACCGAAGCGGCUUAGCCUCGAGCCCAGGCGCUCCAGAAGCAAGAGGCACGGGCCUUGGGGCCACCGGGCGGACCCUACCAUUCGCCUGGCGGGCGCGGGGGUGAAUGUUACCCACCGGGGGAGGGUGGAAGUCUGGUGGAACGGCGGCUGGGCGGUCAUCUGUGAUGACGUGUGGGACAUCAAAGACGCCGACGUGGUUUGCCGCCAACUUGGGUUCAGGGGCGGUGCCAUACGUGCCGUGGGUGAGUCGUGGUUCGGCUCAGGGACCGGGAGGUACGCCUUGGAUAACGUGGAGUGCCGUGGGACGGAGAGUAGAGUGCAGGACUGUGCGCAUCUCGGCUGGGGGCAGAACAACUGCCGACCGGACGAGGCGGCGGGAGUCAUCUGCGUCAGCGAGAGGGCCAUUGACACCUCUUGCUUCGGGGACCCCAGCGGUUACCAUGGGAACGUGACGACCACUGCGGCCGGGAUGCAGUGCCUGAACUGGAUGAACUUCCCCAGCGUGGUGACCGGAUUUCCGGAUGCCGGACUGGGGGACCACAACUCCUGCCGGAAUCCGGAUCAUGACGUCAUUCCGUGGUGCUUCUACGUCGCUGACGGCUACGUCAGGUGGACCUACUGCACGUGUGACGGCCACAGAACCCGUCCUCUCCGUUUGGUGAACGGCACGGCACCGGGAGAGGGUCGGGUGGAGCUCUACUUUAACGGCGAGUGGGGCACCGUCUGCGACGACAAGUGGGACGACAGGGACGCAAGGGUCGUCUGCAGGAACCUGGGAUACAGGGGUGAGGCCUACGCUAUCUCGUUCGGAUACUUCGGUCGCGGUGCGGGGCCUGUGCUGAUGGACGAGGUGGAGUGUAGCGGCGGGGAGAGGUCCGUGGUGCAGUGCUUCCACAACGGCUGGUAUGUGCACGACUGUAGUCACGCCGAAGACGCCGGGGUCCUUUGUCAGGCCGCCCCGACUGUGCCUACUGAUGUCCCCGCUACUACAACUGGGCCGGACAGGAACUAUACACAACCAGAAAACUGCGGAUCACGGUUCAGUUUCCGGGCACCUUUGUCAGCUCACGCACGUAUUGUAGGCGGGGUGCUGGCUGAGCGGGGACAGUGGCCGUGGAUUGCCGAGGUGCGACUGAACGGGUACGGCCACUGGUGCGGCGGCGCACUCAUUCGCAACUGCUGGGUACUCAGCGCUGCGCACUGCUUCUACGACUACUCCAAGUCAUCCUUCACGGUGCGGCUGGGGGAGUACAACCUGAGUUCCGCGGAGAAUGGGGAGCAGGUCUUCUCCAUAGAGAGGAUGUUUUUACACCCUGACUACCAUCCCCUCACCAAUCACAACGACAUAGUGUUGGUGCGACUGAGACAACAUGCCGACGGCACUUGCGCGAGAACAGGUCCGUACGUCCGGCCGGCCUGUCUGCCCAGUACCGGGGAAACCCUGCAGCCUGGUAGCAACUGUUCCAUCGUGGGAUGGGGCAAGGCCAAUUCUAGUGAUACCUCGUUCUCCGAUAUCCUCAGGGAGGCGUCCGUUCCCUUCAUCCCGCGCCAGGAAUGCCGGGAUAGGGCGUACGGGAACAUGGUAACGGACAGGAUGAUGUGCGCGGGAUUCUGGGAAGGUGGGGUGGACACGUGUCAGGGCGACAGCGGAGGACCGUUGCUAUGCCAACAGGACGGCGGUUGGACGGUGUGGGGUGUGACGUCAUGGGGUGACGGUUGCGCGCGGCCGGAGUGGCCAGGAGUGUACACGGCGGUGGAGGAGUUUCUGGGAUGGAUUCAACAGACCAUCCAGGCGGCCGGCUGAAGAACGUUACUAUACUGAUUAUGAUGAUUUAUACUUUAUUAUUAUCUAUUUGAAACGUGUUACAUCUCAGAGAAAACAUCUACUUGUCAACGUCAACGUCCCGGUGACCGUCUGUCAUCUUAAUUAGGGCCAUAAAAUAGUAUAUGGCUGGUUCGCUGUGCACUGGAGCUAGGUCACCGAAACGUUGGCUCAUGUAAAACGAAUGGUUGUGACGAAAAGAACUUUAAUAUUCAAUCAUUUAUCAACACGAUGAAAUCAUUUACGCAUCCACUUGAUGUAUUUUGUAUCGCGUCAUGUACAGAGACAAUUUCCUCUCUUUCCGACCGCCACCCAAAGCCUGGUAGAGGCUAACAGUAUUUCCUUAGCCGACACCUUCGCGCGAAAGAUAAACCACAUGAGUCACCCACAUUGGCGUGCAAGUUUUCAAAACAUCGUGACUCGCUUAAUAGAUGGUUUUCACGUGUGUGCACGGACUGUGUUGUGUUUUUAGUCUUUAACAGGCUUCGGGAGCCCGCUGGAAACGUGGUAAACUGUACUCUCUCGAGUCGCGGACCAACUCCCCUGGCAUGUUAUCUCUCUAUUUGGCCAAAUUUUAUAUUUUUAGGCCUGGUAGAGGCUUCUUUCAUCGCCAGUUGUUAUAGAAAACAUCUUGCUGACAAUGCUGAGUGCCGUACCGGCGAGGGCCAUGUACCAACAGCAAGAGAGGAUUGUCCUUAUUAAGCGCUUAGCCCGAACUAUUGCAAGGACU